AUGGGUGGCAUGGGCGGCAUGAGAGCAGAACCAGGAUUCCAGAGGUCAAUGUUUGGCAACGAUAUCUUCUCUUCACGCUUUGGCGCUGAGGGUUCCACCAGUAUGCAGCAGCCAUCGCACAAGCCACCUGCAAUUGAGAAUAGACUUCCAGUCAGCCUUGCAGAUCUGUACAAGGGUGUGACAAAAAAGAUGAAAAUCUCAAGAGAGACUAUAGAUGCCAGUGGGAGAAUCUCAAACGCAGAGGAUAUUCUGACAAUAGAAGUAAAGCCUGGUUGGAAGAAGGGAACAAAAAUUACGUUUCCUGACAAGGGAAAUGAAGCUCCAAAUAUGAAACCUGCUGAUAUUGUUUUCAUCAUUGAUGAGAAGCCCCAUGACGUUUUCACUCGGGAUGGGAAUGAUCUUGUCAUGACUGAGAAAAUCUCACUGGUGGAAGCACUGACUGGCUAUACUGCACGUGUCACUACGCUUGACGGGCGGAGCCUAUCAUUACCCAUCAACUCAAUAAUCCAUCCGAACUACGAAGAGGUAAUCCCUAGAGAGGGCAUGCCAAUACCCAAGGACCCCACUAAGAAAGGAAAUCUGCGGAUUAAGUUCAACAUAAUGUUCCCUUCUAGGCUGACUUCUGAUCAGAAGGCUGGGAUCAAAAGGCUAUUGGGUUCUUAG